AUGGACGCGAUUCAUGGCCCAGUUCGCGUGGAUGGCCCUUACGAGGCCGAGCUCGAACGGACCAUGCAGGAGCUUAAAAAGAGGAAGAAAGAGCUGGAGGAUGCGGUGCACGAGUUGAGAGCUUCGGCUGUGGCUUCUGGCGCUGCGCCGUCGCCACAAGACUCGUUGGAGAUCAUGACAAAGGCGUACCUGGACAUGGCUGAGGGAGAGCCACUCCUACCACCGCGAGGGUCGGUACUGCCUGCGCUACUAGCAAUGCGGCGAGCUCAGCAGAUCAUCGCUGAGACUACCGAGUACACCGACUCGCAAUCGGCCUCCUUGGAGCAGGUUAAGCGGAGGACAGAGGCAGAGCAAGUCAGCUUGCGUGAACAGCAAGCACUGCAGGCAGCGCUCAGGAGCCGAAUCCGGGCAUUACGCGAAGGCCUCGAGAACAGAGAGGAGAAGACUGGGGAACAGUUCGCCAAGGAGCGGAUGGCUGAAUUGAGGCACCAAAAAGACCACUGGGACAAGCAGACCUCGAGCCUCAUGAAGGACUUGGACUGGUUCAUUGGCGAGCACCUCGGGCCGAUGCUGGCAGCCGAGGAGUUGGGGGGCCCGGUGGUCGGGGAGUUGAUGGAAAUCGACCCAGACGACCUCAGCGCCGGUUUCACCGCACAAGGCAAAUUGAAGAAGACCAGAGACCAGCCCGACCAAGACGGGCGGCAACGACGGAUUGACGAUAUUUGGGGCCCUCAGGACCAGCAGGGCCAGACAAACAAGAGGAGGCGUGAAGGGGAUGAAGCUGCGGCAGCAAGCGCAGAAAUGCGGGAUCUGAUGGAGCAGCUUAUGAACAAACUGAUGGAGGCAGGGGGCGAGACCUCAGGGUCGUAUGUGGAGAUACCCAGGGAAUCCGCGGCAGCGAGAUUCCUCGUUCGAUCCAAGGUCGCAGUGUUCCAUCCCAAAAAUGCGCGCAGGUUACGGCUCGUCGACUUUGCGCGGGACUUGGAGGACUAG